GCAGACAGUAAUAGGUAGGUUACACGAGAGUCCAGUCAAUUGUUCAGCUGUGUGUUGUCACCUUUUUUUUUAUUAUUAAUUGACUAUGGACCUCAGCUUAAGGACUUAAACCACUCGAAACCCUUGGAAUCAGUCACACUCGAUCGUUACAAUCAUAAGAAUGGACGAUUUCCACCUGUGCCCGUUGUCGGACUACUACAAACGGUUCCUUCUGCCGGUGAGCUACAGUGUGACCUUCGUGGCGGGCCUGGGCCUCAACGUGGUGCUGCUGUGGGACGUGUGCUCCCGGCAACCCCAGCAGCACCGCAACGGCAGCGGGACGGUGGUCUACGUGGCCAACCUGGCCGUGGCGGAUCUACUCUAUGUGCUGACCCUGCCGAUACUCAUCGUCAGCUACGCCAUGGGAAACGUGUGGUACUUUGGGGACAUCGUGUGCAAAAUCGUGCGCUUCCUCUUCAUCGUGAACCUGCACUGCAGCAUGACGCUCCUGUCCUGCGUCAGCGUGUACCGGUUCCUCGGGGUGCGCUUCCCCGUCUCCGCGCUGCGCCUCAGGACCAAACGCGCGGCCGUGUGGACGUCGGGCUCCGUGUGGGUGGUGGUGACGGCCGAGGUGCUGCCAACCUUGGCUUACAGCCACACGGGGCUGAUAGACAACCAGACGGUGUGCUUUGAAAUGACCGAUCCAAGGCAAUUCAACCUCUACUUCCCCUAUGGGAUCUUCCUGUGCGUGGUUGGGUUCUUCCUGCCGUUCCUGCUGACCGUGUGCUGCUACUGCUCCAUGAUCAGGACGCUCUGUCGCCCGAGCAGGGCCAGCUCUCCGCUCGGAGCUGCGAACACGCGCAACAAGUCGUUACGCACUCUCGUGGUGGUGUGCGUCUUCUUCGUGUUCUGCUUCGUGCCCUACCAUGUGGUGCGGACGGUGUACCUGUUUGUGAGGGUGUACAUGGUCGACGACUGUCACGAGCUCAACGUGGUCGUGAUCGCCUUGAAGAUCUGGCAGCCGCUCAUCAGCCUGAACUGCUGCGCCAAUCCUCUCCUCUUCUUCCUGGGCUCGGGCAGGUACCGCAAGAAGCUCCGCACGUGGCUGUGUCCGAGGAACACGAGGGUGCUUCCGGCCGCCGUGUGUGUAGUGGUCGUAGAGGCCGGGCCCAAACUGUCAUGCCCGGCCUGAGCCAUGUCCGUCUCCGACGUGCCACUGCCACAUAAAUGCGUCAUUUGUUAUCCGAUCAUAUACACCCCAGAUAAUGUGCAUUCAUUCAAUUAUCAAGACCUUGCUCAUAUUUGGGAGUGUGUGAUAUUGUCUGCAUACAUGAUGAGGCCGGCAUGGACAAGGCCGAAGUAGUAACCUCAAACCAGGUGUUGUGGGCCUAGUCAGUGGCACACCAAUCUCGGCAAUGAUUCGAGAUUUGGCGCCCUCUGUCGGUUGUAUAAAGUAACGACAGCCGUCAUAGUGAAUAGGCCAACAGCGCAUCAAAGGUUGCCACAUAGUCUCUUCAGCGCUAUAGAGCCCACAGGCCUUAAUGUCAAAUUGCCUAUGAAAAUGAUCGUUAAAAGUAAUAACAGUUGAACUUAAAAAAUGACUGAACAAAAAACAUCACGUAGCCUACAAGCAAACAACCGCUGCAGUACAAAUGUGUUAUGUUUUCGUGAGCAAUGUGUAUGCAUGCAGACAGAUUAAUAAGCUACAGCCGUCAUGUGAGGAGGAAGAGGAGGAGGAUCAUCAUAAUUUUAACAGGCUCCUGUAGCCCAGCGACGACAGAUGGGGAAAGCAGUGGUCUGGGAACUGAGCAGCAGGAGGCGGGCGAAGAAAAUGAGUUAUCAACAGCUCAUUAAAACACAAUAUAGCUGCACUCGAUGAGGUUUAGUGCGCCCCCGGAGCCAAGGGUUCCCAGACAACAUGACGCUCCGAUAAAUAAAAACACAAAACGCCAGUGGAAUUAAUGAGUUUCCGGCGGUAGACCCGUUGUAAUGUGUUUUGUCAUCGCUGCUUUCAUCGAAGCAGGUAUUUUCUCCCCUAUGGUUCGGUUUUACCUGGGCUCCGAGCCUGACAGUCUGCAGUUGUGGAGGCCAAACGCUGACACCGGUUUGAGUCCCACUAAGGCCGCCCCCAUUUGGCAGCAUCGUCCUG